AUGGCCAUAGUACUGCUAUUUCUGCGGCGAUGCUCCAGGAACCUCCCUUUGGAAACACAAGAAAGGUUAUCAAGUAUUCUAGGAGGCUGGGCGAACAAUAAUGCAUCGAUUACACCAGAAGACCUGAAACUAGCCGAGAUGAAGGUCCUAAAAGACCAUCAGAAGCAAUUUUCGCACACCUUCACAGCAGCAUUUAACAGGAAGUUGAAUGUGAGACAGGACACUAACGGACUGAGUCAAUGUUACGGUCGCUCAGGCAAAAAGAGAACCGUAUCACCGUUCCACUGCACAUACAAUGUGUGCAGUGCGCAAAAACCACUGGAUACCGCGGUUGAGACAGCAAGUGAAGCAGUACAUAAGACAAUGUGUACCAUGUCAGAGGUAUAACA